GGAAUUUCCCGCCUAUUGAUAUUAUUCUACGAUCGAUCAAGUGAACCAAGUCGCGCUUAUCCGCGGCUUCCCCGCAGCCGCAGCUCGGCUUCCCCACCGCUUCUCCAACUCUCCCAAAUGGCAAAUUCCUGUUGCGCAACAUCACUCACUCACUCACUCACUCACUCGCUUCCAUCUCUCAUCCCCCUGACCACCACCACAAUGCCACCCCGUCUCCCUCUCUCCGCCACCCUCCGCCCCCGCCCCGUCCUCUCCUUCCGCGUUACCGUCUCCCGAUUCAGCACGAGCAGCGACGAUGCCGUGAUCCAGACACAGAACGUCCCGGCGCCAGGCUCCGGAAGCGUUCGCGUGCUCCUACUGAACCGACCAAACGCCCGCAACGCCAUCUCGCGAAGCCUGCUGGACGGACUGACGCAGCACGUGAAAUCCAUCGCCGCAGAGGGAGGCACCGGGCCGACACGCGCCCUGGUGAUCGGCAGCAACGCGGAUGCGGCAUUCUGCGCGGGCGCGGAUCUCAAGGAGCGCGCGAAGAUGACUGCGGAGGAAACGGCCUCCUUUCUCUCCCAACUCCGCAGCACCUUCCACGCCCUCUCGACGCUCCCCAUCCCGACCAUCUCCGCCGUCUCCUCGAUGGCACUGGGCGGCGGCCUCGAACUGGCCCUGUGCACGCACCUCCGCGUCUUCGGCUCCUCCUGCACCGUCGGCCUGCCCGAGACCCGCCUCGCCAUCAUCCCCGGCGCCGGGGGCACGUACCGCCUCCCCGCGCUGAUCGGGGUGAACCGCGCACGCGACCUGAUCCUCACCGGGCGACGGGUGUCCGGCCCCGAGUCGUAUUUCAUGGGGCUGUGUGAUCGGCUCGUGGAGGUGUUGCCCGAGGAGGAGGGCAAGGAGGGCGUCCCCCGCGAGAAGGUCCUGCGGGAGAGUAUCAAGCUCGCGUUGGGGAUCUGUGAGGGUGGCCCCAUUGCCAUCCGGCAGGCGUUGAAGGCGGUGGACGGCUGGGAGAAGGGUGAGGUUGCUGAGAAUGAGGCCUACGCUGGAGUCAUGGGGACUGAGGAUCGGUUUGAGGCGCUCAGGGCGUUUGCGGAGAAGAGGAUGCCCGUGUAUAAGGGGCGGUGAGAUGUAUUACUAUAUGUAUGUGUGAUUGGUUGUUGAGGGUAUAGUGUAAUUUCUAUGGAUAGGUAAUCUCGUAGUUGUGAAUGUCAAGUUGGACUUUUAUA